GCUGCGCUAUCCUCGUCUCCGUCUGCUGCCGUGACUGUUUUUUGCCCGUCUCUCACACGCCGGUCUCACACAUCGUCCCUGGUCACUCCUUUCCAAACCUCAUCGGACUGAAUUUGAACAUCUCGUUGUUAUUAAUUUCUCUAUUCCGCGAUAAAAAAUAGGAUCCUUUUCUAAUUUUCACCCAUGAUGAAACAUAUCCCCCCCCCAAAAAAAAAAACUCCCGUCCAUAUAUUAUAUAUUUAAUGGUUAUUUUUGGCACCACAAGAGAGGUAAAUAUAACGUAUAUAAGCACCCAACGCGGGGAUGUUCCCUUACGUGGCCUCUGACUCCGAGCCAGCAACGCCCAUUCGACGGGGGAUCCUCCACGCUUACGAAAACCUCGACUUCGACACCUGUGAUCUUAAUGUCCCCGAUCACCAUACCAAGGCUUCGGAGUGCGAGGCCGUGGAGGUGAGCGACGCCGUGGGAGGGCCCCGGCAGAAGUGGGGUCGCCAGAUCGAGUUCAUCCUCUCCUCGCUGAGUUAUGCCGUGGGUUUGGGCAACAUAUGGAGGUUCCCUUACCUUUGCUACAGGAAUGGUGGCGGUGCCUUCCUGAUUCCCUACGGUAUAAUGCUGAUGGUGUGCGGGAUGCCCCUCAUGUUCUUCGAGCUGUGUCUAGGGCAGUUCGGCCGAGAGGGUCCCAUUACAGUGUGGAAGAUCUGCCCGCUCUUCCAAGGUAUUGGUUAUGCAAUGUUCAUGAUCAGUUUCUACAUCGGGUGCUACUACAACGUCGUCCUUUCGUGGGCCAUCUACUACAUCUACUCCUCCUUCACACACACACUCCCCUGGACCAGUUGCAGUGACGAGUGGCGAUCGGAGUUCUGCAAGGAAUUCAACUCCAGAAAUUGCACAUUAGCUGGCGGGUUGAUGAACGUGACAGGAAAUUGCGUCUUCCCUGAUAUGGUAACAGCUGAUGAGUGGAAUGCCCUUAACAAGUCCCUCAGCUACCUUAAGAGUCCUGCUGAUGAGUUCUUCCACAACCACGUGUUAGACAUCACCGACGGUCUUCACGACAUGGGGGGCUUCCAAGGCAAUGUCGUUAUCGCUCUUCUUGUGGCUUGGAUCAUCGUGUACUUCGUCCUCAUCAAAGGUGUUGAAACAUUCGGAAAGGCCGUCUACUUCACAGCAACUUUCCCUUAUCUUAUCCUCAUUGUACUUCUGGUGAGAGCAGCCACUCUUCCGGGAUAUAUGGAUGGUAUUAGAUUCUAUCUUACGCCAAAAUGGGACAAGAUUCGGAAACCAUCAGUUUGGGGUGAUGCUGCGAUCCAGAUCUUCUUCAGUUUAUCUCCCUGCUGGGGCGGCCUGAUCACCCUUGCGUCGUACAACAAAUUCAACAAUAACUGUUACAGGGAUGCAUUUGUGGUAUCCAUUGGUAACUGUCUCACGAGCUUCUUUGCUGGUUUUGUGAUCUUCGGUAUCAUUGGCUUCAUGGCUCACGAACUAGGCUUGCCUGUAGAAAAGGUUGCUGUGCAGGGAGCGGGCCUGGCGUUCGUGGCUUACCCCGAGGCCGUGGCCCGCCUACCUCUGUCGCCGGUGUGGUCCAUCUUGUUCUUCGCCAUGUUGCUGACUCUGGGUCUUGGCACGCAGUUUACUAUCCUAACCACCAUCAUCACCACCAUUACUGAUGACUUCCCAGCCCUGCGCGGCAAGAACUUCAAGUGGGCCCUCCUGUGUUCCUGCAUCGUGAUGUUUGCUGUAGGGCUCUCCAUGGCCACUAAAGGAGGCAUGUACGUUCUUCAAAUGAUGGAUUCAUAUUCGUCCACCUUCUCUGCACUCAUGGUCGGGAUGGCUGAGGUGAUGGUUGUGACGUGGGUGUAUGGCAUAGACAACUUCCUGAAUGAUAUCAAGACAAUGUUGGGGAAAUACCCAUACCCCAUGUUCUUCUGGAAGUAUGUGUGGAAGUUUGGAAUGCCUUUGGUUGUGCUGACAAUCUUGGUGUUCUCCUGGAUUGACUUCACCCCAGCAAAGUAUGGUGGCUAUGAGUUCCCCCCAUGGGCCAACGUGCUAGGGUGGUUUUUGUCCUUCUCCUCUGUGGCACUUAUUCCUGCCGUUGCAAUCUACAAGAUCCUGGGUGAAAAGGGCUCCCUUCUUGAGAGAAUAGAGAAACUGUGCAAACCCCAGCCAACAUGGGCACCUCCAGCAGAUGUGACUAUAAGGCCAAAUGAUUCUUUUGGUGCCAAACCUCUCUUGAAAGUCACUUCUUUUGAUGAGGACACUGAAAACAAAAUAUAGAAAGCUGCUUCCAACAAGUUUGUUACUACUGCUUUACCUCCUUAGUCUCCAGUUCAGUUUAUUGUGCCAAGUAUCCAGUAUUUGUGGGAUGUGAUGGUUCUCCCUCUCCAAAGGGAGCGUCUGGAUCAAGUGAGGGGACACCUUUACACAGCUUCUACCUUACCAGGCUGUGCUAGGUGUCCCCACAACAGGGAUGUGUGGUACUGUUACUGAUGUUAGUUUCAUUAUGGGAAGAGUUAUUAAGGCCAUCUUUCCUCACUGACUAAGGAGAUCACCAAAGACUAGACAUAAACUAGUAUUUUGUAAGAGGUCUCUUGGUAUUAGCUUGGAUGUAGUUCUGUGUUGUGUGCUUGAUGCAGGAAAUCUACAAAUUAAUUUAGGUGAUUUCUGUGUUUUGUAUGUUACUGGUAACUGUUGUCUGUUACAAUAAAUGAUAUAAUGUA